AAGCUGAUAGUGUAGUAAGGAAAAACAAGGGUAAUUUCGUGCAAAACGAAAGACAGGGUGGCCUGGCCCAACGACCAGGAAACCCACUAUCUGACUUUUCCAACCUACACAGCAGAAAAUGCUCAAUGAUGUGUUUUGAUUGGAAAAAAUCAAAUGUGAAGUUAAUAGAGGGAGAAAAACACGAACAAUAAAUCUGGUGUGGACAGAAAAGGAAGGAGAAAAGGAGAUGCAUUCACCUUGCACUGGAGAGGCCUCACAGGCCUGCUUCCAUAAUUUAUGUCAAUUGCCUUUUCUUGGGAUUCCUGAGCCCCAGAGUUCAACAUCCAUAACCACUGCUGCUUCAUCCCGCCAUGAUUUUGAAGUUGCCAUGGCGUCAUCGAUGUAUCCAAACUCUCAAUUCACCAAUCAUGAGUCCUUCCCUUCAUUGCAAGAAUCAUUCUCCUAUUUCACCAAAGCAUUUCCACUGUAUUCUCAGACUGAUCAGGCUGACAAAAUCCGAGAACAAGAAUACUACCAUCUCUCCCUGUCCAACCAUGUUUGUCUUGAUUAUAUUGGCCAUGGCCUCUUCUCAUACUCUCAGCAACGAAGUUACUCUCGGGAAGCUACAGUUGCCUCAACAUCAUCUUCUUCCCUUCCAUUACGGCAAUAUUCCUCAAGUUUAGAAACGCCCUUCUUUGGCAUUUCCUACAAGGCAGCAAACUUACAUUCUCAAAUACAGUAUGGUAGCCAAGAAUCGGAACUGGAAUGCAAGAUACAGAAAAGAAUUAUGGCAUUAAUGAAUCUCUCUGAAGAUGAUUACACGAUGGUUUUCACUGCCAACCAGUCAUCCGCAUUCAAACUUCUUGCAGACUCUUAUCCAUUUCAGUCAAAUCAAAACCUUCUUACAGUAUACGACCAUGAGAACGAGGCAGUGAAAAUCAUGAUAGAAAGCUCCAAGAACAGAGGAGCACGGGUCAUGUCAGCUGAAUUCUCAUGGAAGAGUUUAAGAAUACAUUCAGGGAAAUUGCUAGAGAAGGUAAGACGUAAAAGGAAGAAUAGGAGGGGACUAUUUGUUUUCCCACUUCAAUCAAGGAUGACAGGAGCUAGGUAUUCAUACCUCUGGAUGAACAUGGCUCGGGAAAAUGGAUGGCAUGUCUUGCUUGAUGCUUGUGGCUUAGGACCCAAGGAUAUGGAGACCCUGGGCCUCUCCCUCUUUAAGCCAGAUUUUCUUAUCUGCUCUUUUUUCAAGGUUUUUGGCGAAAACCCAUCUGGUUUUGGCUGUCUAUUUGUGAAGAAAUCCAGUUCUUCAGUUAUAAAGGAUUCAACUAGUACAGGCUUAGUGAGGCUUGUCCCAGCUAGGCGACCUUCUCAAAUUUCAGAAGAGUCAGCUAAUGACGACACAGAAACUGAAGAAAAAGCGAAACAAGAGUUACAUGAUGAUGAUAGUUUGCAAGGCUCCUCCUCAGGUCCUAUGUCCAGGCAGCAGACAAGUGAGAAAACUUCUGAACUGCAAGAAACCAAAGAGGUUUCAGUAAAACACAAAGCACCAGAAAUUGAGGUAUCAGUGGCAUCAUUUGAAUCCUCCCAAUCCCAAAUCAUUGCUAGCAGUGCAAGUGGGUAUUCAUAUCUUGAAUGUAGAGGCUUGGAUCAUGCAGAUUCGUUGGGCCUGAUAUCAAUCAGUACCAGAGCAAGGUACCUCAUCAACUGGUUGGUAAAUGCAUUAACGAGUCUUCAACAUCCACAUUCAGAAAAUGGGCAUCCCCUAGUCAGAAUCUAUGGACCAAAGGUAAAAUUUGAUCGAGGACCAGCAGUGGCAUUCAACGUAUUUGACUGGAAAGGAGAAAAGAUAGAUCCUGCCAUUGUACAGAAGCUUGCUGAUCGAAAUAACAUUUCUUUAAGUUGUGGAUUUUUGCACCACAUUUUGUUCUCAAACAAGUAUGAACACGAGAGGGAGCAGAUAUUAGAGACAAGAACAAGUGAAGGAGGAACAGUUUUAAAUGGGAAGAGAGAUAAACUUUAUUCAGGAAUUUCUGUUGUCACAGCUGCCCUCGGGUUCCUGACAAAUUUCGAGGACGUUUACAAACUCUGGGCAUUUGUUUCACGGUUCCUGGAUGCAGACUUUGUGCAGAAAGAGAGGUGGAGAUAUACAGCUCUUAAUCAGAUGACAGUAGAGGUUUAGUUUGCACUUAUUGUUGUAUUCUUUAAUAUUAUCGUAAUUGAAUACUUAAUGUAACAAACACAUUAUUACAUUGCGUUAAUAUAGUGGCAGAAUAAAAGUA